GAUCCCAGUACGAAGUACUCGCCGUACACUGCCGUUGACCUUCAUGGUCGCGAAUGGCCUCUCAAGCGCAUAACGCACCAUCCAGUAUGGGUGUCCACCGACUUGCGGGACGGCAACCAGGCUCUCGUUCGCCCUAUGACUCCAGACCAGAAGCUGCGCUUCUUCCGCCACCUGGUCCAGUGUGGUUUCAAGGAGAUCGAGGUCGGGUACCCGGCCUCGAGCGAACCAGAGUUCGACUUUGUCCGAAGUUUGUUUCAUGACGGCGAGAUACCAGACGACGUCUGGAUCCAGGUGAUGACCCCCGCCCGUGCAGAGUUGAUCAGUCGCACAUUCGAGGCUAUCGCCGGGGCUCGUCGAGUCAUCGUCAACCUCUUCAAUGCAACAUCACCAUGUUUCCGGGAAGUCGUGUUUCGCAAGAGCAAGGAAGAGAUCAUCGAUUUGGCGGUGCGACAUACGAUCAUCGUGCGCCAGCUUGUGGACGAGUAUGGCGACCGCUUUGGCACCCGAUUUCGGUUUGCCUACGGCGUCGAAGCCUUCACCCAGACAGAGCCAGAGUACAUCGUUGAGAUCUGCAGCGCUGUGAAGCGUACGUGGGGAUUAGCUGGACCAGGUGACGACCGCAUCAUACUCAACCUACCGUCUACUGUCGAAGCGGGCCCUCCCAACCACUUCGCGGACCAGGUCGAGUACUUCUGCAAGCACAUCCCAGACAGAGACGAGGUCAUAGUCGGUCUCCACUGUCACAACGACAGAGGCACGGCCGUCGCUGCGACAGAACUCGGUCUGCUCGCCGGCGCCGAGCGAGUCGACGGUUGUCUGCUUGGGAACGGAGAGCGGUCGGGCAACGUAGACCUCGUCACCGUCGCGCUCAACAUGUACACGCAAGGCGUACCCUGCGGACUGAAUUUCACCGAUAUACAAUCCACGAUCGACCUCGUGACCGAGCUCACAUCCAUCCCUGUCCAUCCCCGGCACCCCUACGCCGGGGAGCUCAUCUUCACCGCUUUCUCUGGGCAGCACCAGGACGCGAUCAAGAAAGGGCUCGAGGCCCAGGCGGCGCGGCACGCACUUGCGAAAGGCACCGGCCAGCCGCUGCUCUGGGACGUUCCGUACCUCCCGCUGGAUCCCGCGGACAUCGGGCGGACGUACGAGGCUGUCAUCCGAAUUAACUCCCAGUCUGGCAAGGGCGGGAUCGCGUACGUCAUCAAGGAGCACCUGAAGGUA